AACCUAGGACCUUUCAUGGUUCAGGAAACUGACGGAUCUUUCUUCGAGAGCUUCACGGCGCUGUCAUGGAAGCACGAGAACAGACGACUGAUGGCGAUGCAGGAGGUAGAGGGAAGAGCAGAGGACCCUCCCCCGAGCGAGCAAUCCGUAGGAAUCAAGCCCAUGGAGUGCAGGAUACACAAGAAAGAGCUCGAGCAGCUGUAUGUGGAGGUGUUGUACACCAUUACCAACAAAGUGGGUGCCUCUACUGGCCAGUACUCACACUACAAAGAGGACCUAUACUCCUAUGCUCAGGAAGCGUUCGGCAUCUUGUCUGACAUUCACCGGAAGUUCAUGGCCAUCGCUAGUGAAGAAAAGCCUCCCAUUGUGGUCCUGAACGUGAUCGUGCUGGAAGCUGAGGGGCUUGAGGCGAAGGAUGCCAACGGUUUCAGUGACCCAUACUGCAUGCUGGGUAUCCAGCCGGGGAAUGUGGCUCCUCCUUCACCGCAGCCCUCUUCAUCAUCAUCCGGUGGGGGGCAGAGGGAAACCCCUCCAGGGUCACCUAGAAACCCGGCAGCAGGAUCGGGCUCUGCCCGGGCCAUGUCUGACAGCGGAGUGGAGUCAGAGACGAGCUCCAAACACGACUCGCCCCACGAGAAGCUGAGAAAACACCACAGUUUCCGCCUGAGCUUCAAGCGGAAGGAGCACGGCAGUUACCGCAGCGAGAGGCGGGAACAGCGCGACAGUUUGUCCGCGGCAGUUCCUGCCAAAUUCAUCCGCGCCACGACAGUGAAGCCGCAGACUCUGAACCCGCGCUGGAACGAGAAGUUUCGAUUUGAUAUCGAUGACGUUGCUAGUGACAUUCUUCAUCUGGAUAUUUGGGACCACGAUGACGAGUCAUCGGUAUUCGACGCCGUCAGUAAGCUGAACGAGGUGCGGGGGGUCAAGGGACUGGGUCGCUUCUUCAAGCAGAUUGCCCAGAGCGCUCGGUCCGGCAGCCAGGACGACUUCCUGGGCUGUGUGAACGUCCCUCUGCAGGAUAUUCCAUCAACUGGGCUUGAUUGCUGGUACCAGCUAGAGGCUCGAACCCAGCGCUCCAACGUACAAGGCCGAAUAAGACUCAAACUGUGGCUAUCUACCCGGGAGGACCGAGGCAACUCGGAGGAGGACAACUGGUCCGAGAUCCGACAGCAGGAGCGCCUUCACACGAUCUUCAUCUCCUAUGAAUUGGACCACAUCUCGAGUCCGUCGUGGGAGUGGAGUGGCGAGCUACCCCACGUCGCCCUCACGAUCCUGCAUCAGCACGCCAUCCAGGGUGACGUGACGGACCUGCAGCUGGCCAUGGUGCGAUGGAUUGCGUACUCGAACAAGGCGCUGGAACUACCGUUGGAUUAUAGGAUACUUUACAGGCUGCUGCAAGAACUGGACCAGCAAUGGAAUUUACUAACCCUGACCAAGGAAGAAGAGGAAUACCUCGCCGAGUCCUUCAACAUGUUCCUAGACCACUCGCUGCAGCUGCUAAGGAAGCAUCGUCAGCUCUUCCCGCCACACAACAGAGUCGCCAUGUGCCGCCUCGAAUACCUGCUCAGGUGUUUGGGUUUAAUUUCCACAAUGAAAGCCUUUUGGAAAUGCUGCCCUUUCAACAAAGAAAUCAGAGGUGAAAUCAUCAUGUCAUUGAAAAAGGGGACGUUGGAAUGGUAUGAAGAAAUCCAUAGCGAAGAACAUUUAUCAAUGACGAGAGGCAGCGAAAUGGUGAUUGAAGGUCUCGUUCACCUCAUCACUCUGCUGUUGGUUGAUCUGCAGAAAGGACUGGAUUAUUACAAUAGUCUGUUUGAAACGACAAAUGGGGUUCCUUAUUUUAGUGUCGUGUACAAGCAGCUGGAAAAAAUGUUGGCGGAAGAUGUGGGCAAAGAGCUGGAAUUUUUUGAGAUUCAUGGAGACAUUGGACCACAGGUGACAGCUCUUUGCAUUCAGAUGCAGUCAAUGGAUCUAGGGGCCAUGGUAGAGGAAGUGACACUCCCUCAAGAAACUGAGGUGGCCACUCCUAUUUUUGAGCUGUAUCUUGCCAUGCAGGAAAUGGUCAGUUUCCGGGAACACCUGCCAGUUCCAGACCAAAAGGUGCUUGCUAUCAACCUCUACUAUGAGUGGUUUGAACCAGCUGUAGACAGAUGGCUAGAUGUGGCCAAGUUCAAGGCAGUCCACCGCAUUCGCAAAGCAGCAGAGCUCAACAGAGUGUGUACAGGUGACCUGAUUGUAAAACAUAGCACAUCAGCUGUUGAUGCCACAUCUUGCUUCCACCAGAUCAAGGAAUUCUGGAGGCAGUUGUUAUGGCCUGACCUUGUUGGAUCCUACAAUUUUGUGCUCAAGAUCAUUGACUGCAUCACCAGUGCUGCUGUGUACUAUGCAGAUCUGACUCACCAGAAGCUUCAAGACACUGGUUACUAUGAGGACACAGCAACAUUCAAAAUCAGUGAUGAGAUGUGCGUCACAGUGAAUGAUUUGGAGUAUGUUCGCCGCUCACUAUCAGCUUUGGGAGCUGAGCUUCAUGUGGAGAUAAUUUUGGAGGCAGUGGAAGCAGCCACUGGUGAUGCAGGCAAGCAGCAGUGGAGACAGGCCCUAUACGCUAUGUUAGAAGGUGCCAUCAACCAGCUGGAGGCAAGAGCCCUUCAGGUUAUCAACAGGGUGGCUGCUAAGAUGCGACCUGCACUUAAGAAAUCUAUGUUCCAUCUGGCAUGGUCACCUGAUUCUCUGCCAACACCUGAUGCUAUCUCUCCACUAUUAGAAUACCUUGAUGCACAUUUGGUCAAUUUGAAUGCUGCCCUCUUGCCUCGCAAUUUUGAACGUGUCCUUGCUGAUGUAUGGGAUGUCUCGUUGCUUGAAUUGGGACAGCAGAUGGAUGGUAAUGCUGGGGAAAAGCUGUCCAUGUUCUAUGAACGCUUGUAUGAGGCCCUGGAGAUUCUGGUGGACUUCUUUCAUGCUGAUCAGAAGGGCCUGCCUUUGGAGUCACUCAAGUCAGCAACAUACUGGAGUGUGGAACAGAGACUGCAGUACCAUAAGACUGACACUGAUCAUCUUAUCUCACUGUACUACCAACAGCGUCUGCAGGAUCAGCUCUGUACAGAAGCUACAGAGUAUGGGGUUCUUUCAGUGAGAACAUACUUCAAUCAUGACUCUUUGUGUGUUGAGGUUUUGAAUGCAAGGGAUGUGAUUCCUCUAGAUCCCAAUGGUUUCAGUGACCCAUUUGUGAUCAUUGAGUUGUUACCAAGAAAAGUCUUUUCACACUGUUCAGAACAGCAGACAAAUGUGCAGAAGAAGACACUUAAUCCAAUGUUUGAUGAGUGUUUUGAAUUCUCAGUGACAUCGGAGCAAUGCAAGACUGAAGGAGCGAUGAUCCUGUUCACAGUGAUGGAUCAUGAUGUCCUGACAUCCAAUGACUUUGCGGGUGAGGCAUUUCUGUCACUACAUAACAUUCCGGGUGUUGAUGACAACAAUACAAGCAUAGACAACUUCCAUGGCCUGAAAACAGUGGACUUGUGUCUCAUGCACCAGAAAAACAGGAAUCAUCCAAUUCUUCAGACCUUGGAGACUCGUGCUGGUGAUAAGCUAGCUCAAGAUUUUGUGAAGAAACAGAAAUUACGAAUUAGCAACUCAUAGUGUCGAUACUACACACAUACGUUGAUAUCCUUCAGUCAUAGCUCUGAGGAAUCUUUCUGACUGUGUUUAUAUGGAUGUCAAUCAGCACACUAUAAUUAUGUUUGUCCUGAGAGGUUGACCCAAUCUUCUCAAUCUCUUCAAAACAAUAUUAUUUUCUCAAGCAUCAAAUUAGAAUAUGUAUAAAUGACACUUGUUCAAAUGAAUCCCAUUUUGGGAUUGUUCUAGGCAAAGAAAUUGAGCUAAUUAAAAGUAAGACCAUGUACACUGAAGCAGACAGCUCAUUCAGUAGAUGCCCUCCACAAAGAACUCCUUAGAAGGCUAUUAGAACCACUGCACUACUUCUUCCUUGACGCCUUUGCUUGGUUCAUUUGGAAUUUUACUGCUAUCUUGAGAGGGCUAUCGUGGUAACAGGUCUGGGCUGUAUGGGAAUCGCCCAGCACCUUCCAGUGCAUGGAGCAUAGCUUGUCAUGGAUGAUGCAGACCACAUGAUGAUAACCAUUGCUCUGCAACAUGAUUGGAGCAUGCCAGGACAUCUAUCCUGAUCACAAUAACAAGGUCUUUGAGGGUUCCAUAGUAGAACUAUCUCUUGAUUGUGACCUUAGGUGCUUGAACUCCAACAUCAGUAUUCACUGAUUUUGAAAAAAUAGUUCUGUUUGGAUGAAUUCUACACCUGGAACUCUGGAAUUUAACCACAUCACACUAUUCAUGUUUGCUGUAAGAUGCCCAUUUCAUUGCAUAGCUUGUGGCUGACUGCUGGUGUCAUGUCCACAGCCACAUGACCAGCAGUGCUACAAAUGGGUUUCAUUUGAACAUCCCUCAUAUAAUACUUGUACUAGACACAUUUUGUGAGGGUUCAUGAAAAACUUGAAUUCAAAGUCCAAUUACUCACGUAAUUUGCCUUCAUAUUUUUGACAAUUUGCAGUUUGAUAUGUUGGCACCAAGAUAUCAAUGUAGCAUAUAGAAGGAGACAUAACUUAUCUCUUUAUAAAAACAAUAUUUUUCAUUGCAUACUUUGAAUACAUAAUAGUUACUAAAUCCUAACAUAAGGAAAUUUAUAUGUUAUUCUCUGAGGAAUUAGUUACAAAAAGAAUGCAAUCAUAGAAGUGGCUUGCACCAAAUAUUGAAACUAAUUUUCUCUACAUAUUUUGGUAUUUAAUUAAAUCAAUAAUAAUUAAGCUCUUGUGUAGUACCUUAACAGGUUCAGUGCAUUACUUGGAUGAAUCUAAAGAUAAAUUUGUUCCUGUGCCCAUAUGUUAUAUAUGGAGCUGUAGAUUUUAAGCUCUGCACUUUAUUGACCUUGACAUUCAAUCAAGGUGAAUGAUCAUCUUCAUGCUCUGGCUGUUUUAAUCCCAUGGAAAGAGCCUCCAGUAUCCAUUAGAUAGAGGAAAGGGUGGGCCCCAGAGCUGGUCUGGACAUGGCAAUAAACCCAAAUAUCCUGCCUCUCUUGGGUAUUGUACCCCAGUCGUCUGGCCUGUAGUUUGUCACCAUACUGACUGCGCUACUCUGACCUUGGAACUGUAUUUAAAUGAUCGACUAGGAAAGAUUGCCUGGAGAAGGUCAGUAAGUGAGUAUGAUGGGAUAUCUGGCUUUCACUGUGUCCACAAGUCAUGCUUGUCGUUAAUACACAAGGGGUUAAGAAAAAUUGUUGGUAUGGCCAAAGAAAAUAUUAUCAAGUAUCCAAGAGAUGAAUUCUCUUUCAUAAUCAAUAAUCCUUUGCUUUUGCAAGAGAAUAUUUCAAUUGCAAAACGUAUGUAUUAUGUAUUUUAAGUGACAAAUGGAAACAAAGAAGAAUGUAAUUAGUUUAAUUAUCCUAACCAAAACUAGUGUUAGAUUAUGUGUAUCUAAAUCUAAGCUGGUUGGUAUAAAUUGAACAACACAGGUCACUUAAGUUCCCGAGAUAAGAAGCUGAGUUUUGAAAAUUAAACAUGUAUUUUGCUUGUCAGUGCUAUCUCUUAAAAUAUGUUCUGGAUUAUAUGCAACAUAAAACCAACCUCCAAGCACUGGUAUGAUUGAGCCAUAACAUGCCUCAGUUCACUGAUGGAAGAAGGAAGAUAACAAGGGUACAUGAAAUAGUGCAUAAAAUCCAAAUCAGUUCUGUUGAACAGACAUAGCCACAGACUGGAAAGUCUCAUAAGAAAAUUCCGUAUUUCAGAAUUAUUAUAAAACACUCAUUUAUUUACAUUGACUAAAUAUUCUUUGUAGAUAAAAAUAUAUAAAAAUAGCACUAUUAACCUUUACUGACCGUCCACGAUGGUUUAAGUGCAGACCAGCUGACUGUGUGUCACAGUAGAAUCCUGUUAAACUGUUAACUGCAAUGUUACUGUGGCCAACAGGUCCAUAUUAUGGGGGUUUAAAUCUAAAGUUUCCAUAAGAUAGAUGUUGAUGUCCUAAACUCUUAUUGUUGUUUUCAAGGUGUGAAGACACACAUUAAACUCAAACUUGAAUGGAUCCCAGUUAACUCUAUUCUAGGUAUAUUAAAUGAUAAUAACAUAUACAUGUUAAAAUCAUGUUGGAUUAUAUGAAAAGCCUUCUCCAUUCCUUUCUCUUCUCAUAAAAAUUUUUCUUGCUUCAGUUUUCUCAUUUACCCUAUCCUCUUUUGUCCUUCUCUCUUCACUUGAGCUAUCCAAUAGUUUUUUUAUCUACUGCAUCUCUGAUACUUUCAAAGAAAUCCUGUUUUUUGUCUAUACAUAACACAUAUCUAUAUCACUGUAUCCUUAAUUUAACUAACUGUUUUGUGUUUAUAGUUUCAGAUCAUUUCUAAUAUCUUGAUUUUUAAUUUUAUUCCUUCUUGUUUGUUUCUUAGUACUUUGUAAAACUUCCAGUAAUGGAUUUACUCCAAAUUCUGAAAUCAUGCAAGUAAAUGCAGGAAUGGCUUUCACAUUACUUCGCCUUGCUUUCAUGGAACCUUUGUCCUGGCUACAGAUACUUGGAAUGAAGAUUGAGAAUAUCUUAGAUUUUUAUAAAACUUUGAGCUUCUGUGGUGACUAAAAGUGAUAAAAUUCUCUUGGGUGAUAUGCUAUGUCAAUUUGUAGCAGAAGUACAACAUUUCAGCAACUUUCUCCGUCUCCUUCACUGGAUUUCUCUUAACUGAUGCAGUUGAUCACUGAAUGGGAUUUAUUGUCUUAGAUUUCCUGUCUGGUCUCAAUGGUAGUCUCUAUUUAGGAAUCAAAAGGAAAGAAUUCAUUCUUCGGAACCCUAGUUGAGAGCUGUGUGUGGCUGUCUGUCUCAGAUUUAGCUACAAAUAUCACUAUUAUAGAUACUGACUGAUUUUUUUGUAAAUUUUGGUACAAACAACAUUCCAUUUGAGACAUCUCUAUCUUAAUAUUUCUUAACUUUUUGUUAUUAAUAUUAAUAAGGGAGUAGUGCAAACGUGUGAGGUGAAAACAACACUAGCACCAUCAUAUGUAGGGUCCUGAAAUCUUGUACAAUGGCAGACCUUUGCUGAUUGUAAAGAUUUUAUAAAGGUAUAUUUUUGGGAAAACAGAAAACAACUUGGCAAUUGCAUGAAGCGGUUUGGUAUGAUGAUAUUUGAUCAGUUAUUGUAACUUAAUGUAUGAAAUUCAUAUCAUGACAUGUUAAAAAAAUAUAAUACUGUUAGCAUAAGUAAUACUAAAAACUGUAAUGUCUGAUUUUUUAAAACCUUAAAAUAUACUGCAGAAAUGGUGAUUUCUUAUAAUACUUUUUAUAUUCUUAAUAUUUAAUUAUUAGUCACUUGAUAAAAUAUUUUCGAUUUUGGCUCUCUUUUGGGUCUUUGUCUUUUAUCUGUUAUUACACAGGUCAGCUGUAUAUUCUAUUUGUAUCUAUUCUUCUAACAUACCGAAACAUCUGUAAUGUUUUCGUAACUGACUUCUUUAAGCAUCUGUUAACUCCAAGUUACUUCUUGACUGUCUUGUUUCUGAUGUGUUUAUUUUUCAUUUUCUUAUGAUACAACUCAAAAAUGUCAUUGCAUGUAUUUUAAUCAUUUCCUUUAUUUUUAUUUAUUUUAAGAAAAAAUAUGUGUGUACAGUGUAAGACUGUAAUCUUCAGACUUGCGGGGUGAGGAAGUGGGGUGAAGGAGGAAACAUAACGUCAACUUUUAACGCUUCGGACUUCCUGCAUUCCUUGCAAGUCUCAAGAUUACAGUCGCGUACUAUAGUAGUAAAAUGCAAUGAUAGAGCUUGUAGGUGGUUUCCCCAAAUAUAACAUAACACAUUCACCAUAGUUUAACUGUGAUGUCUGAUAAAAUGACUGACUUACUUCUAUCACACAAUUUCUUAAAGAAUGGCACAACUGUGUAAUGUUCAGUAAAAUAAGAGAACUUUUGGUGUGUGUUUUUAUACCUUUGACUUUUUGCUGUUUUGCUUUUCCAGUAACAAUUAUCAUGUUGCUUUGGAAGUUAUUCAGUGUUGUAAUUAUGUAAUUUAAAUUACCCUGUUAUUUCAGGGUAUGGUAUAUGCAUAUAUUAUGGGUAUUCAGUAUCAAACAUGUAUCAGUUGUUUCUUUCAAUUCUUGGAUGCUAUUUAGACAGCAUAACCUUUUUCACUGCAGAUGUUAACAAGAUUGUUGUAAUGUUGUUGUUUAUUUGCAAGAUAGCUCUUUAAAUAUAAAUUAACACUUCACUGUGCUACAGUCUAUGCAGGAAUUGACUAAAUAUUUUUAAAAAUCAAUUAACAAGAGUGUUUCCUUAGCAACCAAGACAAGCUGGAAGCACUUAAAGUGUAGUUUUUAUAUAAUAGUUACAGCAUAUAACAUGUAUAUGAACUGUACGCAAAAGAAAAGCAGCAUCAAAGUUUAGGCUGUAUCAGACCAUAGCAGGUCUUACAGAACCUGCAUCACUGGAUCAAUUACUGGCAGCAAAAGGGUUAAUAGGAACAUUAAACUUACGUUUGCCUCUAUCUGAAUGUCAAAUUCAGGUUUUGAAGGCAAUAAUUUUGCUAAUUCAAUAUAUAUACAACAUAUGUUAAUAAAGGAGUUCUGUACUGAAGAUAAAUAGUUUAUGGUUAAAGGAAAUACAAUAAUUUGCCAGGGUAAACAUUUAUGAUUCAACUACAAGGAACUCUAGAAGAAUUUUUAUCUAAACAUAACGGAAUUUGAUUUUAAUAGUACUUGCUGUGCAAAAGAAUUCUAUGAAUUCCUUAUCAACUCAGUUUUUGAUAUGUAUUUAGACAAAUAUUUUACUACAUAAAUAAUUCUUUUUUGACAGAAUGUGGCAGAACGUAUCUGGAAUCUUCCCAUACAAGUGAGAGUAAAGUUACAAAUCUAAAAUUAUUGCAGUAGCUAACAGUAAUGAAAUCAUCUCUGGAAUUCAGCUGCAACAAUAUGAAAUUAUACUCGUCCAUUUUAGUGACUGUGACUGACUGACUGUCCAUCAUUGCGGAUAUCAAUCAUGACUGAUUCAUUGAAAAGAUUUAAUUGUGAGAGUGAGUUUUCCUGUUUUAUUAUUUAUAUUAAGUUAUUAGAUUUAAGUACUAGCAUAUCACAAUAACCACCUUGCUGCCAGAAAGAAUGACAAUUUGAUUCAUGUCAAAUGUAAGGAAAUAUGUUUUACACUAUCCAUACAUAUAUACUUAAAGCCUUUUACAUUGAGAGCAAUGUAUGAAAUCUCAUCAGCAGUUGCAUAUUUGUAGGACCUGUGCCUACAUGCUAUAGCCUACAUUUACCACUGUUAAUCUUUUUACAAAAUCAUAAAUAGCCAGUCUUUUGUACAAAGAAAUUCUGUAGGAAGAAUGUUUAUUUUUUCUUGCCAGCUAAUGUAUGGUAUCUUCUUCUGAACUUAUCUGUGAACUUCCCUAUGUAUUAACAAGGGUAACAUAUAUUAAUCAAUAUUGUAUAUAAUUAAUAUAUAUAUAUAAAUCUAA